AUGAGGGGGACAACGGCAUUCGCUUUCUUGCUGACAACAGCGUUGAGCUUUUCUUCCGUUGUCCAAGCUUGGGAUUGGCUCCCAACUUCCGACAGCAAUCGCACGCUCGUUACCGAUUUCGCCAUCAAGGCUGCUCCACCCUCGCGCAAUAGUGGCUUUCAAUACAACGGUUCACAGCUACAAGGCCUUCAAAACACUGAUUUCUACCUCUACAACUACAUCUCCAAUGGCUACAAUGCCUCAAAGGUCGAACGCGCCGUCAUCAUGCUCCACGGCCUCGGUCGCGAUGCCUGGGCCUACUUUGACCUUACUCGUGAAUCGCUUCUCAACGCCACUUCUCGCAGAGAUCGCGGCAGCCACAAAGCCCGCCUGCGCUUCGAUGAGGUCGUCAUCAUGGCUCCCAUAUUCCUCAACCAGGAGGAUCCCGGCUCCUACCCUGUUGACGAUGACGGUAGUCCGAGCUCAAACGCUCUCGUCUGGCGAACAAGUACAUGGGCUCAGGGCGCUGACUCGAUCUAUCCAGACUCUAUCAAUGACACCCUAGGUAAUAGCUUCCAACCUCCUGGUGUCUCGUCUUUCGAGGCUCUGGACGCUGCCGUUGCCUGGUUCUCCAACAAGACCAUCUUUCCCAGAAUGAAUACCAUCAUCGUCGCUGGCCACAGCCUUGGCGCUCAGAUGGCUCAACGCUAUGCGCUCAUCGGUGCCGUGCCAUCCGCUACUGUUCCAGUUCACUUUGUCAUUGCCAACCCAGGUUCGUACGCCUAUCUGACCGAAUGGCGUCCCAGGUCGUACGACAACUGUUCGGACACGUUCAACAACUGGAAAUUCGGCUUGAACGCCUAUUCCCAGACGUACCUCUCUGAUUUUAUCGCCGAAUCUCUCGACACCACCAACGAGGUCGAGAGCGUCAUAGAACGCUAUCGCCGCCGUAUCGUCUCCUACCUCUACGGUCUUGCCGAUCACGGCAAGGGUGACACUGGAUGCGAAGCUCUAGCACAGGGUACCACCCAUCUCAGUCGUGGUCGCAACUUUAUCCGCCAUCUGAGCGAGCUCGAAGGUGGCUUCCCUGCGGCGCAUUCGGUCAACUACAUUCCCAACGUCUCCCACGACGGUCUGGGCAUGUUUCAGAGUCAAGCCGGACUCGAGCGUCUCUUCUUUAUCAAUCUUAAUGGCACCGAAUCGCCGACCGCCGUUGGGGACGACGAUCAAAGCGCAAGGCAAUGGACUGCUGCCAGACAAUCGAAGGCUUCCUCAAGCGAUUCAUCGUUGUUGAGCAGCUCGCACAAGGUGCAUGCGUCGUUGUUUGCACUUCUGGCCGUGAUGGCAAGCCUUCUUGGUUUUAGCGCUUUGUGA